CAUAGCCACCAGAGGGCGUUAGAAAAAAGGAACCGCAACAAGAAACUGUUUCGCCAGAGAGAGAAAAGCGGAAGGAUAUUCUAGAGAGAGAGAGAGAGAGAGAGAGAGGAGAAGGGAUCGCCAAGAAAUGGCGCUUUACAUCGAUGAGGAAGACGUAUGGAAAUGCCCAAAACAUCCCACGAAGCGCCGCCGAACUGGAAUCUGCCACGUGUGCCUCCGGGAGCGGCUAUCUUCGCUCUGCCCUGACUGCGCUAACGUACGCCCCUGUUCUUGCUGUGCCGCUACUACGUCCACCUCCAGUUCGUCUUCUUCUUCCUUCUCUCGGUUCUCUGCCGCCGCUGCUUCUGAAUCAUAUGCCUCUGGAAUCGGAACUGUCGGUCGUGUCUCCAAUCUGAUCGAGAGCGAGCCAUCCUUCCGUCGGUCGAGGUCACUUGCGGUUCCGUUUCUCCGGUCUUCUAAGCCGUCAAUUGACCAUGAUUGCUCUAACCACAGCAAAGAUAGUCCAAAAACGACAUCGCCGUUCUGGUCGCUAUUUAAGAGUACCGGCAGUAGCGGUAACAGAAGCAAUAGAGGUGAUGUUGAGAGGCAAAACGUUUUGGAACAACAAGAAUCAAAGAAGAACGAGGAGGAAAGAAGAAGAAUGAUGAGGAAAUCAAGGUCUGUGGCGGUGGCCGUGACGUCAGAUUCGGUUGGUGCAGACAUAAAACCAUCGAAAGGAAAGGGCUGGUAUUUCCCGAGUCCGAUCAAGGCUUUCAAGCAAUCGAUUUCAAGAGGUAUAAUGGUGCAAGAAAGGUCGCCUUUGUACAGGGGUUGAUUCUUGUAUAUAAAUAUCACUUAGAAAAACUUAUAAUUAACUGCUAAAGAGACUAAUAAACCUCUUUUUCUUCUUUUCCUUUUCCUGAAGAAGGUUUGAUUUUCUUGAAAUGAUAAUUAUAUGGCUUAUUGUGCAUUCGAAAUUUUGCUUUAAUGAAUCGAGGGAUGAAAAGUUGGUGAUUUUUAUUUUA